AUGAGAGAGUUGUACGGAUUGUACACAAUGGAACCUAAAGGUGCUAUGUCAUCUUACCUGGAUAGAUCACUCAUUGAUGAACCAUGGAUCAUCAAUGAAAUCAACACUGAAAAAAUAGCAUUACGCAGUGUGGCCUGUCUGAAUGAUGAAGAAAUAUGGACGUGUAGCGGCAGCAGCAUGAGGCUUUAUAACCUGCAGGAUCAACUUGUGAAGAUAGUUCAAACCAAGUCAGGGGGUGAGCCAAUUGAUAUAUUGGUGACAAGGAUUGGAGACCUUCUUUAUACUGAUUACGAUGAUAAAACCGUGAACAUUGUGAAGAAUACACAGAUACAGACAGUGAUCAGACUACGGGGAUGGAAACCUUUCGGCGUCUGCAGUACCUCCUCUGGUGACCUCCUGAUUUUAAUGAACAGCAAUGGUAAACAAUCAAAAGUUUCGCGUUACACUGGUUCAGUAGAGAAACAAAGUAUUCAAUACGGCGACAACAAAAAGCCUCUCUUUUCACCCCAUGGUUCCAAUAAAUAUAUAAAUGAAAACAGGAAUCUAGAUAUUUGUGUGUCUGAUUUUGAUGCUAGAAGUGUACUUGUUGUCAACCAGGCUGGGAGACUCCGCUUUACCUACACUGGUCAUCCCUCUGCUACUAAGGAAAUAUUUUAUCCUCGCGGCAUCACUACGGACAGUAAUGGUCGAAUCCUGAUAGCCGACUGUAACAACCACCGUAUCCACAUCCUGGAUCAGAACGGACACUUUAUCCGCUAUAUUGACAACUGUCAGUUAGACCAUCCCCAAGGUUUAUGUUUGGACACCAGAGACAACCUCGUUUUAACCGAAUGGACAACAGGAAAGCUGAAAAAGAUUCAAUAUUUAAUCUAAACAAUUAAUGUGUGAAUGCACUGAUAAACUGUGAAUACAUUCAAGAGCAUUUAAAAUGGUAUAAGGAAAUAUCCCGAACGUAUGCAUCUUAAAAGUUUAUAGGUAAUAUUUUGGCAAUAGCAAAUGAAGAAUUUGUUAUUGACGUAUUUUACCAAAAAUGCAUAAGUUUUAUUUUUUUGCAUUUAUAAGUACUCUCCAUUGUC